AUGUGCCCUUUGUCUUCCCCGUCUGAUCGAGCCCGUGAGUGCGCGGCAAAUGUUAACGGGGCUUUGCAACCUUGCCGGCUACUGCUUCCUUGCCUACCACCACCAAGCCGGACUGGGGUUCGUCCCGGUUUUCUUUACUUGUCUCGUUCAUCUCGGCACGCUGUACAUUUUUAUUCAAAGUUUGAGGCCUCAUAG